AUGCGACUACGUCAGUAUCAUUGCUGCUCUUUGACACAUAUCGCAACACUGGGAGCCGAUAGAGUCAGAUGCGCCAAGAAAAUCAUGGAAGUCGAAGACUUCUCCUCCAUCACAAUCUUGACGCUUGUGUUACUGUCAUUAGUGGCUAUCUUUGCUGUACUUGGUAAUGGGUUCGUUCUCGGUAUCAUUGCUCGCUUUAAGAAGCUUCGCACCUUUGCAAACAUUCUGAUUGCCAAUCUGGCGUUGGUCGAUUUUUCCAACGCACUCAUCAACGGACCUUUAUACCUGCUUUGGGGUGUCUUGAAAGUCAAAUGGUUUACAGGGAAGACACUGGCGAUUAUAUCGCUAUUUCUGCUCCGCCUCUUUAUGUUCCUAAACGUCGUCUCCAUGUUGGUGCUGCUGGGAAAUGCUCUUCUAGCGAUAGCACUGAACCUGAAAUAUUUCACCUGGAAGACCAACGAAAAAGCUUUGGCCAUAGUGCUGGGUGUGUGGAUGGUCUGUGUUGCCAGCGCGGUUAUCUCCUUAUAUCCUCAUUCUGAUACCGACCUUCAAGAUGCUUCUGUGUCCACAUAUCGUGGUGCUUUUAUGAAUCAAAGUAAUGUUCUUUUAACAGUAAUCGGCGCGUCGUUCAUCGUCACUGCAAUAGUACUCGGCGUCAUGGCUUACUGCGCUAUUCAAUUGAGGAAACGGCAGGUAAGAAGACUGUGGGUAAAUUAAAUGGUCUUUUAUUUUCGUCAACUUUUGCUAAAAUCUUUAUAUUUCAUGCUUUACGGACGUUAGCACGUUAACCGUUAACUGUUCCUUCGCUUGUAAGAAGAAAAACGAAACUCUUCUCACAUGCAGAAUUUUCUUAUCAUUUAAAUGAAAAAGAAAGAAUAAGUAAAGAAAUGGAUUUAAGGAGAGAAAAAAGUGGUCACAAUACCACUUCAGAAAGUAAAGUACAGUGAAAGUUAAGAUAUGGCUGUAAGGCUGUAACUUGCGUAGCUGGGGCUUUUGUCUUGAGAGCGCACAAAGAGCAGCGAAGCUGCGAAAGCGCGGGCGAACGAGCGCGGUCUCAUUCUCCUUGCAGCAUCGCGACACGCCAUUUCCCCCCUCCCAGCAUAACUGUCAGCUAAGCAACCUAGCCGCAAUCAUGUACAUUUCUCCCUUAUUGAGCGCGGUGUAAAACUAUAAAACGGGUGGCCUGACAUUGCGGCAUGAAUACACAGCCCGUACUGAGAUGCUAUUCAAAAAUUCUGAGCAACUUAGAAAAUGUAACGGUUCGGGAUUCCAGUCCGCCGGGAUAACGUGAAACUGAAAACAAUGUUUCAUAUCUCUUCACCUUCUAGAGGGCACCCAGUAGCAUUCAAUUCUUAAGUUAUCUAAAACCUUUUUCACUUACAGAGAAAGCGGCUCAACCUGCCCCGACUACAAAAUGACGCCAGACUACAAAUGGAUAUCAAAGCUACCAAAACCAUCUUCAUUACUGUACUCGCAUUCCUUGUAUGUUACAUACCGCCCGUUUGCUUUGUUGCCUUGAUUCGUAUUAAGCCCGUCUCCAAUGGCAGAACUUUGCUUGGUCACUUUGCUUACCUUGCGAUGCUCAUGUCGAGCGGGAUUAAUCCUAUCAUCUAUUGUUUCCGGGUCAGACGGUUUCGUCGCGCACUGAAACAGCUUCUCAAUGAUCCCUGUGGAAAGACUCUUUUCCAAGAUUCCGACCAAAAGCUACGAUUCAAACACAAUGUUCCAAAUCAGAAUGCAAGGAAAAUGGGUUUCACGGUACGAGGGUUUGGAAAUAAGGAAAAACCUGGACAUAAAGAUGAAGAAUGUGGAUUGGACGGCGUACCUCAUCUGGUCAGGGCUUUGUCACAGAGGAAGCAGCAAUUUGAGAACACUCCACGGGCGGCAUGGGUGGAGACCCACUCCACAAACUCCGCAGAGAUACGCUUCGGAAUUGAGAGUCCAAAACCAACAGCAGACUACACACGUCAUGUGGUCAAAGUGGAGGUACACCCAGUACCUUACAACAAACCACGGAAGCAGAAAGUAGCGCAAAAGCCAACAUCAAGUUAUGAUUACACCAGAACAGAACAAUUUGUCUGUAUUUACUCAGAUCCAAAGGACCAACCGUCAAAAGGAAAAAUCCGCCCUGUGAAUGACAUGUACGUUAACAAUGAAACAGCGCAAGAAUUCACCGGAGAGGAGGAUAUGGGUCUCCGUAAGGUAAAAUCAACAAACCAAACAAUUUCACAACAUCUUCAGACCAGCGCAGACUGUAGAGAUCUAGUAAUUGAAGAGUUAAACGUGGAUCUCAAGGACAGGCCAUCAGACGAGAUGACGGAAAGUCCAACAGUGAAUGCUGAUUAUGUUGUGUAA